GUCUCCCUCUACCACCACCCCAAACUCACAUAUCACAAUGAAAAUGGAGACAAACAACAGCAGCAGCAGCUCCUUUUCCAUUACCAGCAAAGAUCUUCCUUGCGAGAUCAUAGAGGAAAUUCUGCUCCAGCUGCCGGUCAAGUCGUUGCUCCGUUUCAAAUGUGUCAGCAAAUCAUGGCUUAACCUCAUCUCCGACCACAAAUUCAUCAAGUCUCACCUUCACCAGUCCACCAAACAACACCCUCAUCAUGAUGAAAUAUCAGACACACACCUCAUGCUCUCCUCAACAUCUCUCAUUCACUCUCUGCAUCUACAGCUAUCCAAUACCACUGUUUCAGCCAAUUCACAAGAAGAAGAAGAAGAAGCUCCAGCUGCAACAGAUGCAGUAGAACUCGAAUCCAUAGUCGAGUAUCCUGUGACGUCGACUCUAAGGCGGCCAGCUGCGAAAGACAUCAAGAUCGUCGGUUCCUGUAACGGCUUGCUAUGCUUGGUGCUCGACUCCCAGCACAUGAUCAUUUACAACCCCUCAACCAGGCUUGUUCGAGAAGUUCCUAACCCGGAGGAAACUGUAGUCGGUAAAGAUUACUUUUACGGUUUCGGUUAUGAUUCUCGCAACGAUGACUGUAAAAUAGUGAGGGCCACUUCUUCAAGUAGGGAGGGCAAUUUCGUCACUCAAUUUGACAUCUUUACUUUGAGGACCAACGCUUGGCGGACAAAGACCAAAACCCUACCCUUUUAUUUCAUGUCCAGUGUCGUGGGUACUCUUCUCAAUGGGGCUCUCCACUGGGCAGUCCGUCGAGGAAUCAACAUCACUCCGGCUGACGGCGAUGGCCAUGACCCGAGGACUUUCGGCAUCGUCUCCUUUGAUCUGACGGAGGAGACCUACAAAGAAGUUCCCUUGCCGUGUGACGGUGACAAGCAAUUCGCGUACUAUGGAUUGGGGGUCUUAGGAGGGCGUCUGAGUAUGCUCCACAGCCCCCAUGGCUCUGGUUAUCAAGUGUGGGUUAUGAAGGAAUAUGGAGUCAAGGCAUCUUGGAGCGUAUACACAACCAUCCCACAGAAGAUGGAGGACUCUAAGGAAUACAUAGGGUUGAUGUCUCUAUUGUGCGUCUUAAAGAAUGGCGAAAUUCUGAUGAUGUUGCACAACCACAAAAAGGCCGUGCUAUACAAUCCCGGACAGAGAAAAUUUCGAACCAUAUUCAAUGGGGAAAUAGGCUCUUCCCAACUGGCCUUAUAUCUCGAGAGUCUAGUUUCACCAAAAACAUAUGCACCAUCCUCCUCGCCUUAUAUCCCAGCUACUUAGCUUUCUCCAUCAACUAUGAUCGAUCAACGACGAUCACUCACCAUCGUCAAGCUCCAGUAUAUAUCGAAUUAUUAUAAUGCGGAAGAAGCUUGAUUGUAUGGCCUUGUAAUCUUAAUCGCAAUCUUUUUCGUAUAUCAUUAUGCGAGCAGUGUGAUGCAUAUCGGUCAUUAGGACAUCUAGGGGUAAAGCACUGUUUCGGUAAUUGCAAAAGUUGAGCUUGAUUGUGUAUGUAAUUUGUGCAUUCAUUCUGAAGAGCUUUUCCAGUCGGAUAUUAUAAAUUAGUUAAUUAUUCAA